AUGGUGACGAGAGCAGUCAUCCCGCGCUUCCUGCUGCCGCUGCAGGGGCCGCUCUGGCGAGGCAUCCAGAUCCCCCUCUCGCAGAACAUCCACGUCCGCUUCAUCUCGACCGAGAAGCCCAUCGUGCUGGAGAAGCCGGCCAAGUUCAACCCGCCGUCUCACGGGUCGAGGCUCAAGCGCAAUUCCGUCCCCAAGCACUACGGCCCUGCCCUGACCGAGGACGAGAUUGCGGCCCAAAACAAGAGGAACUACCCGGGCAUGAUGGCGCCCGAGGGGACCUGGACGCACUGGUUCUGGCACAGCAGACUGCUGCACACUUUUAUCACCAUGGGCGCGCUCCUGGCCAUGGGCGUGUACACCUUCUUCAUGAACUACGCCUACAACUCUCCCUUCAAGGACCUCGUGCCGCCGAUAUCUGACCUGUGGCACCAGCCCACUUACUUCUUCGCCCAAUGGAAAAACGUCAUCCUCAUGCACGAGAAGGACAAGGCCCUCAAGGCCACCGAGCACCGGACCCGACACCUCGACGACGUCGCGAAGCGCAGGUACUUUAUGAAGAUGCACGGCAUCGAGGCCAAGGACCCCGUGCAGAUGGUGUUUGGAAAGGACGAGCAAAAGUCGGAGGAGCAACUCGAGGCCGCCGCCAUGGGACGCGAGCUGCCGCCCCAGCCCGAGGCCGAGGCCCCCGCCGAGCAGAAGAAGAAGUGGCUGGGCAUCUUUUGA